ACCGAGUUGCUGGUAAGCUCCUGCAUACCCAAUCUGCCCCUCGCCUCUUCCAACUCCAGUAGGCUCGUCCUAUAAAAUUUCCAUUUUCAACUUGCUCGGGCCCCGUCUACACCGACCCUGUCGUGCCGAUGUCGGUGUCGGCGAAAACGGACCCUGACCGGCUCUCUACGGACUCUCCUCCCUUCCUAGCGCUCCUGAGGGUUUUUUUCGCCGUGGUUUUUUUUAGAAAGCGUAGAAAGUCCCUAUCGCGCUUUGACGAAGAUUUGCCCUUCCGCGACUCCGAAAAUACCUUCGUUCAGCACCUACGCGCUAUUUUGCUAAUUUCCACUAAUCGACGAUGCUCCCCACUCUCAAUGGACCGUCCGCCAGUCCAGAUCUUGGCCAUCGAUCGAUCCUCAGCGUCCGGGCGGCAUCCGGGCGCCGCACGACAUCAUUUACUGACUCCCCGUGUUGUGAUGUUAACCCAGCCAAGGGGACGAGAGCGGAUCCACAAAUGGCAGGGUCUUUUCUCCAUUCCCCGUUCUAUAACUAGCAGUAAAUUCGGUAUAGAUCGAUACUACGGUCUGGUUAGCGGUUCUUGACCGAUUGAGUUGUAUUUAUUAUCAGCGACGUC